GCGCGGGGGGCGCCGCGUGGGGUCGGGACGCGGUGUGGUCGCGGUCGUCCCUUGUGAGCGUCUCGUUGUCUGCGUCUCGUGUGCGAGAAGCAGCUCGGGCUUCCCGAGGUGAUUUAGCCCUCUCGGUGUUGCCUAACAUUCGACGUCCCUCACUGUUGUGAGGAAAACAAAGUGCAGUGUAGAGCUGAAGGUCGUGGCAGCUGAGGGUGGUUGUUACCGUUCCUCUUCCCCUCCUUAGUUUAGGGAGUUAGAGGUGUUUCGGUCAGUGCCGAGCGUGUUCUUGGCAAGGAGGAGUUGGAGGAAGGUGGAAUUCGGGGUAUGUGGGGAAUAAAGCGAUAAGAGAUGUGCUUUCAUGUAGCGUGUAGCCUUUGAGAGGAAGGUGGGGGUCUGCAACAGGCAGGUGCUGUGUGAAUGUUGAGCAGCUUUGUGCGAAGGGAAGUUGGCUGUCCUUUGCCCUCUGCUCUCAGCACAGCUGUUGAGGAUCCAUAGAGUCAGGGUUAUUUUCCCCAGUGCUUCUGUUUUCUGGCAGGUGAGUGCCUCUUCACUGAGAGAGCUGCGGUGGUUAAGCUGAAGUUUUUGAACUAAAGCAGGGAAGAAAGAAAUGCGUGAGAACGCUGCCCAUGAGUUAAGGCACAGAGCAAACAAGUUCCCUUUUAUUCAGUUUCUUUCCUCUUCUUUCCUUCCUCUUACCCUCGUGGGCAGUAAAAAUGUGAGGGUGAUGUAAGCAGGUUGCACCACAGCUUUUCUAUUCUCCUGGAGCUGUAACCAAACUGUAUGCUCCUUUACCCUUCUCCUGAUGGUAAAAACGAAAACAGUGAGUUCUUACACCGUGGUGCGCAGAGAAAGUGAUUCUACAGAAGCAGAAGUGGUGAACUUGCUGAUGGGCAUCUUGUUGACUGUAGAAGUGACUCAUCCAAACGUAGUGCCAACUGUUAAUAUCCAGUAUGAAGUCAUUGGAAAUUACUAUGCUUCUGAGAGAAUGGCUGAAAAUGCCUGUGUUCUAUUUGCCAUCUCCCUCCUCAUGUUCACAAUCAGUGCAAUGAUGGUGUACGGUGCAAUUGCUCACCGUGUAGGUUGGCUGAUCCCAUUUUUCUGUUACCAACUCUUUGACUUUGUGGUCAGUUGUCUGGUUGCAAUCAGUUCUCUAACCUACUUGCCAAGGAUCAAGGAUUACUUGGAUCAGUUGCCGGAUUUCCCUUAUAAAGAUGAUCUUCUUUCACUGGAUUCCAGCUGUCUUCUGUUCAUUGUUCUGGUGUUCUUUGCUUUAUUUAUCAUUUUAAAGGCGUACCUAAUCAACUGUGUAUGGAACUGCUACAAAUACAUCAGCAACAGAAAUUUGCCAGAGAUAGCAGUGUACCCUGCUUUUGAAGCACCUCCACAGUACGUUCUGCCAACUUAUGAGAUGGCAGUGAAGAUGCCUGAGAAGGAGCCUCCACCUCCCUACAUACCUGCCUGAAGCACCCUGUAUGGUCAUUCACACCUGUACCAGCUCCCUAAGGGAUUUGUCUUUCAAUCUUGCAAAACUGCUUCAGUAAUAGAAAUAUUCAGGACUUUAGGAGCAAACUGUUUAAAAAUGUUUGAUAGAAACCUACUAAGCAAAACUCAUCUGGGAGUGAUUUUUGUUUGCUUUAAUUUUUGUUCUUAAUGCUUUUAAACAUUUUAUUGCCUUAGGGCCUUGUACUGCAGGAACUUCUGUGUGUGAUUAAUCGGUGGCUUUUCUUAAUACCAACUGAGCCCAUCUGUGGUUCACGUUAGCUACAAACAUAAGUGUCUGCAGGACUGUGCCCUUAAUUUAUAUUAAUUUUUUGUAAAGUAGAUCAUAAAGACAAUCUGUGCAGCAAGAUGACAGUUUGCCUUUAUUCAGUUUUUGGAGGGGGAGGGGUUUGAAUGUGGUAUAUACAUGAAUUUUUUUUUUACUUUGCACUUUUCUCAUAUGUUACCAUACUGUGGGAUUUUUGUUUAUCCUAUGUCCUGAAACAUAGUAUUUUCAGGAAGAAGCGAGGUUGGCACAGGACUUGUAUUACAAUGUGCUGUCAAUGCAAGGGAAUAAAUAGAAACGUAGAUGAUGGUUGCAUGCUCCUAAUCUUAUACGUAUUUUCAUCUUUGUGAUAAAUGAUACUUAAAUAAAUCUUUUAUGAAACGUUUACCAGUA